CCGCCCCCUGCCGCCCCCCGGCGGUGAGGGAGUCGGGUGGGUCGGUGGCUAUAAAGCUGCUGAGGGCGGGGAGGCACUGUCCGCUGUUGUCCGUGGUUUGCUCCUUCCUCCGCUUAGGGUCCGCGUCGCGUUUAGUGCCUGAAGGAGGAAACAGUGACAGCCCUGGAGACUGCCUUUCUCUGUCCUUCACACAGCUCUUGCAGCAUGCCGGGGUCACUUCCCUUGAAUGCAGAGGCUUGCUGGCCCAAAGACGUGGGGAUUGUGGCCCUUGAGAUCUACUUUCCUUCUCAAUACGUUGAUCAAGCCGAGUUGGAAAAAUAUGAUGGUGUAGAUGCUGGGAAGUAUACCAUUGGCCUGGGCCAAUCCCGGAUGGGCUUCUGUACUGACCGGGAAGACAUCAACUCUCUUUGCCUGACUGUGGUUCAGAAGCUAAUGGAGAGAAACAGCCUCUCCUAUGAUUGCAUCGGGCGGCUGGAAGUUGGAACAGAGACAAUCAUCGACAAGUCAAAGUCCGUGAAGUCUAACUUGAUGCAGCUGUUUGAGGAGUCUGGGAAUACAGAUAUAGAAGGGAUAGACACAACCAACGCUUGCUACGGAGGCACAGCUGCAGUCUUCAACGCUGUGAACUGGAUCGAGUCCAGCUCUUGGGAUGGACGAUAUGCCCUGGUAGUCGCAGGAGACAUUGCCAUAUAUGCCACAGGAAAUGCCAGACCCACAGGUGGAGUUGGAGCUGUGGCCCUACUGAUUGGGCCAAAUGCUCCUUUAAUUUUUGACCGAGGACUCCGCGGGACACAUAUGCAGCAUGCCUACGACUUUUACAAGCCUGAUAUGCUCUCUGAAUACCCUGUGGUAGACGGGAAGCUCUCCAUACAGUGCUACCUCAGUGCACUGGACCGCUGUUACUCUCUCUACCGCAAGAAGAUCCGUGCCCAGUGGCAGAAAGAGGGAAAUGAUAAAGACUUUACCCUGAACGAUUUUGGCUUCAUAAUCUUUCACUCACCAUAUUGUAAACUGGUACAGAAAUCUCUAGCUCGGAUGUUCCUGAGUGACUUUCUUAAUGAUCAAAACAGAGAUAAAAACAGCAUUUACAGUGGCCUAGAAGCCUUUGGGGACGUUAAAUUAGAAGAUACUUACUUUGACAGAGAUGUGGAAAAGGCAUUUAUGAAGGCUAGUUCUGAACUGUUCAACCAGAAAACAAAGGCAUCUUUGCUUGUAUCAAAUCAAAAUGGCAAUAUGUACACAUCAUCUGUAUACGGCUCCCUUGCUUCUGUUCUGGCACAGUACUCUCCACAGCAGUUGGCAGGGAAGAGGAUCGGAGUGUUCUCCUACGGUUCUGGCUUGGCUGCCACUCUUUACUCCCUUAGAGUCACACAGGACGCCACCCCAGGGUCUGCUCUUGACAAAAUAACAGCAAGUUUAUGUGAUCUCAAGUCAAGGCUUGACUCAAGAACCUGUGUGACACCGGAUGUCUUUGCUGAAAAAAUGAAGCUCAGGGAAGACACGCAUCACCUCGCCAACUAUAUUCCCCAGUGUUCAAUAGACUCACUGUUUGAAGGAACAUGGUACCUAGUUAGAGUGGAUGAAAAGCACAGAAGAACCUAUGCCCGGCGCCCCUUCACAAAUGACCGCAGUUUGGAUGAAGGAGUGGGACUUGUGCAUUCUAACACAGCAACAGAGCAUAUUCCAAGCCCUGCUAAGAAAGUGCCAAGACUCCCUACAACCACAGCAGAAUCCGAAUCAGCUGUCAUUAGUAACGGGGAACACUGAGCUCUGUGGGCCGUAAGGCUUCACAGCGCCUAGGGCUGGGGUGGGGUAUGAAACCGUUAGAGGAAUCGAUGUCUCGGGACAAUUUUACAGAUUAUGUGUUGCUUAAAAUGUAAUGUAACUGACAUGGAGCCUAGAAAACUAUUGUGUUCUUGAAGGGUCUCUGCUGAACUUGCUAACGCGCUUCCUGCUGUGGUCUGGCCAGUGGUGAGUGUGCUGCGAUGGUGCUAAGGGCUCUGAACCUCUAU